AUGAAGGAUUCCCUCCAAAAGUUGGAGCAGCUACACAGAGCCGUCCUGGACGCUCUGCUCUUGGGGCUGGAAGUGGACCCCAGCGAGGCCGACUACUUCCGCUCUCUUCACGCCGGGCCCCAGAGUAAAAUACAACUACUGCACUAUCCAGCACUCCUCGAGUUGACCACCGAUCGUCAGGCGACCACUUGGUGUCCCUCGCACACAGACUUUACGACCUUCACAUUUUUCAUCCAGGAUCAGAAUCAGGAACUGGAGGUCGAAGACUGA